AUCCUUGCCAGUAUACGACAGGAGUACAAAAAUUUACCACCAACUAAAACAACCAAAGUAGAAGUAAACCACUUAAGAUUAAAAACUCCAAAAUUCUGAGGCUUCCAGCUGAGCGAGCUGAGAUGAGACUAAACUAGCGACGUACAUUUUGGCUGAAGUGUUUUUACUUCAACCUCUUUCCAACAAUCCUAGCUAGUUUUAAAUUUCUUUUAAAUAACAAGAAGAAUAAAACCCGAGAAAACGUCAAUAACAGUCAAUAGCAGACAAAACUUUCACCACAACAUGACUAAUUUUCCAGCAGCAAACUGAACAAAAUUAUUUCAAACCCAAAAACAGGAUGAUAUCACUCACAGUAUUAACCGGAUGGCAAUCUUUGGCCAGCAUCAAGACCCGUUCAAAUCUCGUCGUUUGGAGCGUAACCUCACUCCGGUGGUACGCGAAGCAUAAGCCACCGUGUGACCCUUUAAAACCAAAUCCUCCAUGUAGACGAGCGUAUGAUGAUAUCGCACCAGCCGUAGACCCCUACUGUCCUGAACCUUGUGACCCGUACAAGAAAAAGAAAGGCAUUUUGCAUAAGAUUAAAUUACGGAUUACUGAAGGAGGGACUAACUUUGGCACUCCAUUUCGCUGGCUUGAAUGCAAGCCAUGCAAAGACGAAAAAGAAAAGCCAGAAAGGGAAGAAAAGGAAGAGACAACUAAAGCACUUGUGAAAAAGCCUAAGAAAGAGGUUAUUCCCUGUGGAGAAGAGAGACCAGGCUUGCAGGUGUCAGUGCUGGGUGCAGACACCGCUGUUGGGCAAUAUGUGGCGCUGUUGCUCAAGCAGUGCCCGUACAUGAAAAAAUUGCGUCUCUAUGAAUCAAAGUGCCCCGAAGGCUGCACCCGAUGCCUGGCAAACGUAGUGCAAGAUCUGCUGCACAUUAAUACCAACUGCCGCGUCCAGGCGUUCAGUUGCCAGAACUAUGAGCUGGAAAGAUGUUUGCAGAACUCGGACAUAGUGCUAAUGUUGGACUCGGGCUACGUGACCAGAGACAUGUCUAUCGAGGCCCGGUUCGCUGCGCAAGCGCCGCUAGUCAAGUGCUAUACGGACGCGAUUGCCACCGAGUGUCCGAAGGCGUUUAUUAUAGUUGCCGCUACGCCUAUAGAGUGUAUGGUGCCUAUUAUCGCUGAGACGCUAAGAUCAACCGGCUGGUACGACCCAGCGAAAGUGCUGGGUUCGCUAGCUGUACCCGAGAUGAGGGCCAGCACCCUGGCCGCGAUGUCUCUUGGCUUAGAGCCGCGGUACACGAAAGUCCCGUGCGUUGGAGGCACGGAAGGAGAAUCCGUAGUGCCGCUGUUUUCUAGGGCCGUUGACUACUUUGAAUUUAACGAGCAAACCGCCGAGUACAUGACAAAAUGCGUCCGCUCAGCCGACGUAGACGUACUGCGCUGCGAGGGCCACUGCGCAAGAAGUUCAGACCUCAGCGAAGCACAUGCCCUGACCAAGCUAGUCAGCCAGGUUGCCCAAGCGUUGCUGUGCUACGACAUACCCAGAGUCACGGGUUUUGUUGAGACCAAUUCCAUUCAACUUGUUUCACCAGCUAAUUACCUCGCCAUCGAAGUCAUCCUAAACAAAAAAGGGAUUUGCCACAAGUUCGAUUUCCCCCGCCACAUGAAUGACUACGAAAUACGUCUCUUGGAGCACGCCAUGGCCUGUAUAACGCACAACGUCAACGCGAGUAGAUCGUGGUUCUUUCAGAUCCAUGACGCGGAAUUGAGGCGAUGCAAGAUGGCCAUGAUAACUCAGUUCGGGUGCCACAGGAAGUAUGAUCAUGUAGACCGUUGCCGCUCUUACAUUCACUGAAUCAAAAGUCUCUGCCUCGACUACGAAAAAAAAUCGAAUACGCACAGAGUGAUUUAGAUUAAGUUUUGACACGUGAUUACAUUACGAAUUGCAAUGCAUAUAAAUAUUUGAAAAUCGCGUAAAGCUUAGUCUGGCGACUCCUGCUUACACGCAACUAGCUGUCAGUGAAACUUAAAAAAAAGGAAAAAUUUAACGUAAAAAUAAAAAUUGGAAAUGA